CUGAAUCGGAGUAUCAGAAUGAUGAUGUCCCGCCUCAUGAAUCAGCCUCUCCGGGCUGGUUAUUACCACUCCCUCCGCCCGACUACCGCGUCCGCAAUCGUCGCCCUUGCCCCCGCUCGACCUAGCCGCUGGUAUUCGUCGAACGAGAGCGCCGAGAAGAAGGAGGAGACCGAGGUUAAGGAGAGCGAACAGGAUGAAAGCCCCCCCGCGUACACCCACCGAGGCUCAGCCAUCAACUUCCACUGGGCUCGCGACGCCGACAAGGCGCGCCAGAGGGAUGGCCCUACCAUUUCUCUCGACAACUGGGAGGAGCAUGCGGAUGCCAAGAUAGAGGAGUUCGAGGAGCUCCCCUCCAAAGAGUUUGGCAUCAAUCAACACAUGGAGGUCAACGCCGAGUUCAAGAAGGUCUUGACUCAAGUCGUCCGGGAGUUCCGCGCCCCCAUCAUGUACGCCAUGGCCUAUGGUUCCGGCGUCUUUCCCCAGUCCAAGGCGAGUCGCACUGUCACCGACGAGGAGUUCCGAGCCGUGCAUCCCAAACCCUCUCCCUCUUUGAUGGAGGUUCAGAAAGGCGGACCCAAAAUGAUCGAUUUCAUCUUCGGCGUAACCCAUACCCAGCACUGGCACUCGCUCAACAUGCGCCAACACCGCGACCACUAUUCGGGCCUGGCUAGUUUCGGUUCGGGUCUUGUCUCCACCUUCCAAGACCGCUGGGGUGCCGGCGUCUACUUCAACCCGUAUGUCACAAAGAAGGGAAUGCUUAUCAAGUACGGCGUCACCUCCAUAGACAACCUCUGCACCGACCUCUCCACCUGGAACAACUUGUAUCUCGCUGGACGACUUCAGAAGCCGGUUAAGAUCCUGCGUGAUCAUCCACGGGUACGCCUUGCGAAUCAGGUCAACCUCAUCUCGGCCGUUCGCACUGCGCUUCUCCUCCUCCCUCCCAAGUUUACCGAGAAAGAGCUCUACUCAACAAUCGCUCGCAUCUCAUACCUCGGUGACCCGCGCAUGUCCCUCCCUACUGAGAACAAGAGCAAGAUCUCCAACAUUGUCGAUAACAACAUGGUCUCGUUCCGUAAGCUCUAUGGACCUCUGUUGAACACACUGCCCAACGUCGACUAUGGCGAGGGCGCCGACCAGCAGGCCAAGCAUGCAUCCGACCCAGAGUACGAUGCCUCCAUGCACCAGGACAUGGAUCCAGUCAAGCGUGGCAACAUGGUCCGACGCCUACCCAAGGCAUUCCGCUCGCGCCUGUACUUCCAGUACCAAAAGAAGCUCAUGGUGCCCGCCGCCGACUUCAAGGCCAUGAUGGACGCUUCCAAGGGCGAGGACGACGUGAGCUUCAAGCGACGAGAAGGCGGUGGAUUCGAGCAGCGCAUUGUGCAAGAUGACCCCGAGCAGUUGCAGAUUUACAUCCGCAAGGUUAUCAAGCAGACCGUCAACUGGCCCGCUACGGCUCAGUCCAUCAAAAGCUUCUUCACCGCAGGCGUCGGCCGCUCCAUCCGUUACAUGUCCGAGAAGUGGACCAAAUACAACGAAGGCAAAGCCAAGGCCAAGGCAAAAGCCGACGAGGAGAAGAAAGGGGGAGACGACGCUAAGAAGACGGAGUAG